AAGACAGGCGUCGCGCGCCGCACGUGUUCCCAGCGCCGCGCCGCUGCCCUCCGCCCGCCCUCACCAGCCCCCGGACAAGUCACACUAAUACUUGUCACAAUACGCUCACCCUCAACAAAUUAACUUCAUUUGGACAUUGUUAACCGGCUUGACGUAAAUAACACGCCUGCCAAAAAAGAAAACAACCGCGCCGCGUCAACUUGCAUACGAUUAUAUGCGAUAUCAUUUUGAUAACCGGAAAUCGGCCUCUAUUGUAACAGUGAAAAUCAACGCUUCCUUAUAUAAAUUCUUUCGUAUAUCCCGAAUUCUUUAAAUGGGGGCUCAUGACAAACGUUCAACGUCCGUCCGACUACGUCAGUAACUGGAAUAGAUUCAGAUAUUACGGAGCGUGAAAUUAAAGGAUAAACAAUUGAAGUCCGGAGCGGGUGCCAUAAUAAUGAAACAGCAGUCGGCGUCAAGAGGUGUCAAGCUGCAGACGGCGUGACCCAGGACGUGUCGGCCUCCGCGCAUCGUGAAACUGGGCCAUAUCGAUAAGUGCGCCCUACUUACCUGGUUUCGCGGCACUGCAGUGCAUUCUAUAGGAAGUCGCCGGAGAUGUCGAGCAAGUCAUAUCUAUCUGGCAGUAUGCGGUCCUGUGCCGGUUCCGUGAGACUGGGCACGGCUUCCGGCCACGAGGUCGUGCUGGACGCUCUGUACGAGAGGAAACGUGACAAGAAGACGGUUCGAGUUCUCACGGUCAUCAUAUACGUGUUCUGCGUGUCGCUGGCAGCGAUCAUGCUGUCUCUGUACUACGUGUUCUUCUGGGAGCCCAAGGACGCUCAGUACGCCCAACGCAAGGUGUCUCACACUGUUCAGCAAACCAGCACUACACCAAUGCCCACAUGCUUUAUGCCCUACACUGGAGGAAGCAAUACCACAAUGAACGGAACUGCCAACAUGCCGAUUUUAGAUAAGUUUGACAACUUCACAAACAAUAUCGAAAGCGCAGAAACAAUAAUGGACUCCGUAGAAAAUUCCACAUUACUUCCCCUGCAAGACCCCGAUACUUUUGAAAUUGAUGCAAACUUGUCGAAUACAUGACUACAAAACAAAACUAUUUGCCAUUAGAGCAAUUUAUAAUAUCGCCUGUGCUGGUCUUAAACGAUCAAAGUAACGUUUGCCGUCUAUAAAUUCGUUAUUUGAAUGUGAUACAUACUUUAAGAAUUCACCGAGUAGUACAGAGUACAGUUAUCAAUCACACCAAUAUUGCAUCGAGUCAUGAUUUAUAUAACAUUAAAUGUAAAUAACGCGUCUAUGGCAGGGAAAUGUGAACGGAAACACCAAUAGUUUAAGUAAUAUAAAUAUAAAACGGCUUAGCUCCCUGUACGCCUACUAUAUUAAGGUAGGGUUAAAAAGAAUCCUAAUUAUAUACUAGCCAUAUAUUUUAAAGUCAAAUUAGGGUUAGGCUCUUCGUUUGGCUCCGAUCUCAUUCUGGUAUUGUAUUACGGAAAUUACGGGAAUUUGAAGUAAUGUAGCGUUUAACGGAAGAGUUCUGAGAUAAUUAGAAAUAUCCACUAGUUAUUACUGAAAUUAGUGCUUAUACGACUAUAGUGAUGUGGUGUUCCUCACUGGAUAUAUAGUAUUGACGUGUUAUUUUAAUACAAGCUCUUAAUAAUUGAUUAAUGGAAUAAAUAGAUCUGAUAGGUAAUAUAUUUAUUAAAUUAAAAUUUGUUAUUAUAUUUAUUUUAUUUUUUUAAUACCAUAUUAUUAUUUUUAUUCAGUGUCUGUUUAAAUAUAUUUUGUCAAGGGUAUGUGUAGUUCGUUCAGAAACGAUAUUGACGUUAGUAAGGAUCUAUGAAGUUGACAUAAAUUUUUUGUUAAAUCGUUUUUUUUUUUAUUGUGUUAAGCCUUGGCGUGGUGUUGACGUGUGCUAAAUUUAUUUAUAGUUUAAGGAUACAAUUAUUAUUUGCAUAAAUACCUAAUUGUUGUUAUUUACAAAUGCGAACAUACUUAUUGUUGUUUCGUAUCGUGUUUCCAUUAUUUUAUAAUUGUGUAAUAAAUAAUAUAUACAAUCAAAAAA